AUGGGCCCCUGUACCGCCUCCUCAUGCUGCUGCCAGGCCCGUAAUCUGCCAUGGGCCCCCGUACCGCCUCCUCAUGCUGCUGCCAGGCCCGUAAUCUGCCAUGGGCCCCUGUACCGCCUCCUCAUGCUGCUGCCAGGUCCAGAGUGUGUCAUGGGUCCCUGUACGGCCUCCCAUUGCUGCUGUCUCCAUCGCCACACUCUGCCAUGUGCCACUUUCAGGUCUCCUCACACUGCUGGUGGGUUCCAUUUUGUCAUAGGGUGCUGUAUGGCCUCCCAUUGCUGCUGCCUCCACCGCCACACUGUGGCUCCACACUCUGGUUUUGGCCCCGUGACUGCCCACAUGAGUGAAGUGUGCGUUGAUUCUAAGAUCGACGGCACUCAUCUGCAUGUCAUACUGACUGACAGUAUUAUUUCUCUUCCCCAGCAGACUCCAAGGGCAUUUAAAUUAAAGGUACAGUGUUCUGCACUAAUAUAA